AUGUUUCUCCAGCGAAGCUCCCGCGCCGUCCGCUCUCAAUGGUGUCGACCCCAAGGCCUGUCUCGAGUUCUGGCCCAUGGAUCACAAGGCGCGUUCUCCGUGUCGAGACAUGGAUUUCAUACAAGUCGGGCAUUGCAGGUGGUGAAGCCAGUCCUAUUGGCAGAUAUAGGUGAAGGUAUUGUCGAGUGUGAAAUCAUACAAUGGUUUGUCGAGCCCGAAGCUCGGGUCGAGGAGUUCUCGCCACUAUGCGAGGUGCAAAGCGACAAGGCAUCGGUAGAAAUCACGAGUCGAUUCGCGGGUGUUGUCAAGAAGCUACAUUAUGAUGCCGGCGACAUGGCCAAGGUUGGAAAGCCAUUCGUAGACAUUGAUAUACAAGGCGACGCCAAAAAGGAAGAUCUAGAGGCAUUGACCGCGCCCGAGCCAUCACAAGGGCAAGGUGGUUCUGGAGAGGCCUUGAACAAGGAAAGCUUGAGCAAACCUCCAGAAGGAAAGACAACAGAGACCGUCAAGGCGGAAGAGAAAGCUCCAGUGGGACAGCAGAGUGAUAAGCCAAAGAAAUCGACCGGAAGGUUUGCCUCACUUGCUACACCCGCCGUGAGGCAUCUAUCCAAGGAGUUCGACGUGGAUAUUACAGAAAUUGAAGGCACUGGAAAAGACGGCCGUGUACUCAAGGAGGAUAUACACAGAUAUGUCGAGUCUCGCAAGUCUAGUGCCGCAGCCUCGACUCCUACACAACCGCCAGUGGACACAGCGACACAGACCGAGACUCCUGUGCAACUUACCAACAUCCAAGCCCAGAUGUUCAAGGCCAUGACUCGUUCUCUCACCAUUCCGCACUUCCUUUACACUGACGAAAUUGACUUUUCGCAAAUGCAUUCACUCCGGACACGGCUCAACAAGGUGUUGAAGAGUUCUCCACAAGACGAUAUCUCCAAGCUUUCCUACAUGCCAUUCAUCAUCAAAGCCGUCUCCUUGGCGCUAUACCAGUAUCCGAUCCUGAAUGCCCGGGUGGAGAUUGAUGCCAAUACGCAAAAGCCGAGUCUGGUCCACCGGAGCCAACACAAUAUUGGUAUUGCCAUGGACACGCCUUCGGGUCUGCUCGUUCCAGUGAUCAAAAACGUGGCCUCGCGAAACAUUCUCUCGAUUGCCUCGGAGCUGACACGGCUCCAGACGGCGGCUACGGCGGGCAAGCUGUCCCCACAGGAUCUCAGCGGAGGCACCAUUACAGUCUCGAACAUCGGCAAUAUUGGAGGCACAUAUCUAUCCCCAGUCAUUGUGGAAAAGGAGGUUGCCAUUUUAGGCGUGGGCAGGAUCCGGACGGUACCGGCCUUUGACGAGGAGGACCGGGUCGUCAAGAAGCAGGCCUGCAACUUUAGCUGGAGCGCCGACCACCGCGUCGUCGAUGGCGCAACCAUGGCUAGGGCUGCCGAGGUGGUCAAGCAGAUUGUAGAGGAACCUGAUGUCAUGGUCAUGCAUAUGCGGUAA